CGAACGGAUGCCUUUUAAGUGUAAUCUUUUAAAUUUUAUUAUUACAUUUCAUUAUUUGAGUGAAUGAUUGAAAAACAAAAUGGAUCCAGAUCACAGAAAGAUCCUGCAGUCAAACUUUGUAAAGCUGAGUGAGCUCAUAAGUCUAAAUGAUGUUGUUCCAUUAUUGCUGGAAAAACACAUAUUUACGGAACACAUGAUUGAGGACAUAUUGGCAGAAAACACUGAUACUGAUCGCAAGCACAAGUUAAUGUUAGAUCUGCCUCGAAGAGGUCCAAAUGCUUUUCAAAAAUUUUUGGACAUUUUAUUGAAAACUGAGAACUACGAUGCUGCUCUGAUUCUUGAUCCAGACAUUAAAAUUCCUAAUGUUGUGUCUUCUGAAUACUCAUCAUCAUUCACCAGUUCAUUCAAACAUAUUAGUAUAACAUCAGGUAAGACAGGUAUAGGUAUCUGUGUGGAUGUUUAUAAAAAAAAUGCUGUUGAGACGUUUAAACAAUAA